UUUCCGCUCCUCCGCCCCACUUCCUUUCUUUUACGACGGUGGUUGGUAAAUUGAUUGUCCUUGGGAGAGGCCGCUCGACAGUGCCGUCCAAACCUGCCCUUAGCUCACAGUCUUUCUCUCCCGCUCGGAAGCCUACGCGGACACUUCCGGGUCACGCGGCGCAAGACACCGAGAGUCAUGUGAUGCCAAGAUGGCGGCGCCGCGGUAGCUGGCUCCAGGUUGUGGCGUCCAAGAAGUCGCGACGGUUUCUGCCCUCGGGCCGUGGGGGCGGCAGUACUUGACUGGCCCCUGCGGCGGCCCGUAGUCCCGCGUUAGGGGUCGGUUCUGGGCUGGGCUGUUGCUGUUGCGGUGUGUUCUGGGUGUGCGGGUGACCUCCCUGCAGGUGUCCUGCGCCGGACGCCCUCGCCGGAGGAGGAGGAGGAGGAAGAGAAGAGUAACCGGCCUUACCCGGUCUCUUGGACCUGCGGAGUUCAUGAGGACUUUGUGGGCUUUGGAAGAGUUAGCCAGAUCUCCGAGGGGACUGUGGGAGUUCGAGUCUUCGAGUGUGUGAGAGGCAGCCUAGUACCCCCGAGGGCGCAAAGAAGACCACAAACGUCUUUGCUUCCUCUUCCAGAGGCCUGGCUUCCCUGCGUUGAUUACCCCCGCAUUCUUUCUCACUUCCUCUCAAUGUUCUCUCCAUACAUCUGGAAAUAUGAUCAGCGCCCCUGACGUGGUGGCCUUCACCAAAGAGGAGGAGUACGAGGAGGAGCCUUACAAUGAGCCCGCCUUGCCCGAGGAGUACUCGGUGCCUCUCUUCCCCUUCGCCAGCCAAGGAGCCAACCCAUGGUCCAAACUGUCCGGGGCCAAGUUCUCUCGGGACUUCAUCCUUAUUUCCGAGUUCUCCGAGCAGGUGGGACCACAGCCCUUGCUGACCAUCCCCAAUGACACCAAAGUUUUUGGUACUUUUGAUCUCAAUUACUUCUCCUUGCGGAUCAUGUCUGUGGAUUACCAGGCCUCCUUUGUGGGCCAUCCCCCUGGUUCUGCUUACCCCAAGCUGAACUUUGUGGAGGACUCCAAGGUGGUGCUGGGAGACUCCAAGGAGGGAGCCUUUGCGUAUGUGCACCACCUUACCCUGUACGACCUGGAGGCCCGAGGCUUUGUGAGGCCCUUCUGCAUGGCUUAUAUCUCAGCAGACCAGCACAAAAUCAUGCAGCAGUUUCAGGAGCUCUCGGCUGAGUUUUCCAAAGCUUCUGAGUGCUUGAAGACAGGCAACAGGAAGGCAUUUGCGGGAGAACUUGAAAAAAAACUGAAAGACUUGGAUUACACCAGGACAGUGCUGCACACCGAAACGGAGAUCCAGAAGAAGGCCAACGACAAAGGCUUUUACUCGUCUCAGGCAAUUGAGAAAGCCAAUGAGCUGGCCAGUGUAGAGAAGUCCAUAAUUGAACAUCAAGACCUGCUGAAGCAGAUCCGCUCGUACCCUCAUCGGAAGUCGAAGGGGUCUGCCUUGUGUUCUGCGGAGACGGAGCGCACCCAGGAUCAGGCCGACCAGGUAGCCACUACCUCUAACCCUGAAGAGUCUGCUGAUGCAGACCUUUACACCUGCAGACCUGCCUACACCCCAAAACUCAUCAAAGCGAAGUCCACCAAGUGUUUUGACAAGAAGUUGAAGACCUUGGAAGAGCUCUGUGACACGGAGUAUUUCACCCAGACCCUGGCUCAGCUCAGCCACAUUGAGCACAUGUUCAGAGGAGACCUGUGCUACCUUCUGACCAGCCAGAUUGACAGAGCGCUUCUAAAACAACAGCAUAUGACAAACUUCCUCUUUGAAGAUUUUGUGGAGGUCGACGACAGGGUGGUAGAGAAACUAGAGAGCACACCCCCUAAGCCCAGUCCAGGCAGGCCGCCUUCCAGGUCUCUGGAAGAAUGUCCGAUUCCUCAAGUGUUAAUUAGCGUUGGCUCUUACAAGUCAAGUGUGGAGUCUGUGCCCAUCAAGAUGGAUCAGGAACUUGGAGAUGAGGAGUAUAAGGAAGCGGAGGGGACAGAGUUGAGCAGUUUUGACCCCCAGGAAAACUUGGACUACCUGGAUAUGGAUAUGAAGGGGAGCAUCAGCAGCGGUGAAAGCAUCGAGGUUCUGGGCACGGAGAAGUCCACCUCUGUGCUGUCUAAGUCUGACAGCCAGGCCAGCCUCACGGUGCCGUUGAGCCCCCAGGUGAUCCGGAGCAAAGCAGUCAGCCACAGGACCAUCAGCGAGGACAGUAUUGAAGUCCUCAGCACCUGCCCCUCUGAGGCCCUCAUCCCUGACGACUUUAAGGCCAGCUACCCAAGUGCCAUUAACGAAGAAGAGUCAUACGCAGAUGACGGCGAGGGAGCCAUCCACUUCCAGGCAAGCGUCAGCCCACCAGAGCUGGGUGAGGCACAGGAGGGCAGCUUAGCAAACAUCCUGUCCCAAACAGACUCAUCCUGCUGCAUCGGGAAGGAGAGUGACAGUCUGCGGGUGCCCCUCUCCACCGCAGCCCACACACACCCUGACCCAGACGGAGUGGUGAGCAGCCCCCCGCAGCGCUACAGGCAGAAAGACCUGGGGUUCCGUGUGGACUUUGCGGGGGAAAGCGCCAGCCCUUCCCGAGACACCAGUUCCGAAGGCUUCCCCGCUUUUGAGCUGGACCCGGGCCGCUUGCUGGCUAGCCGGGACGUCAGCAAGACCAGCCUGGACAACUUCUCAGACACCACCAGCACCAUGAGCAGUGUAGCCUCCACCAGCUCAGACAGGACUCCCUCCUCCGCUCAUCCCACCGGGCCCUCUUCUGAGAGGCAUAGAAAGAGGGCUGGCCAGAACGCCUUAAAAUUCAUCCGUCAGUACCCCUUUGCCCAUCCAGCCAUCUACUCCCUGCUCAGCGGGAGGACGCUUGUGGUCCUGGGGGAAGACGAGGCCAUCGUGAGAAAGCUCGUGACGGCGCUGUCCAUCUUUGUCCCCAACCACAGCCGUUACGCCAAACCCGUGAAACACUGGGUCUCCUCUCCUUUGCACAUCACGGAUUUCCAGAAGUGGAAGCUGAUCGGCCUGCAGAGAGUGGCGUCCCCUGCCGGCGCCGGCACCCUCCACACCCUGAGCCGCUACAGCCGCUACACAAGCAUCCUGGACCUGGACAGCAAAACCCUGCGCUGCCCCCUCUACAGAGGCGCCCUCGUGCCCCGGCUAGCCGACCACCGCACUCACAUCAGGCGGGGCAGCACCUACUACCUGCACGUCCGGAGCGUGCUCACCCAGCUCUGCUCCCAGGCCUUCCUCUACACCUUUUGCCACCACCUGCACCUGCCUGCCCACGACAGGGAGACCGAGGAACUGCUGGCCAGCCGCCGGGCGGGCUUCCUGAAGCAGAACCUGGGUCUGGUGAAUGAAGACACGAAGGUGGUCCAGUACCUGGCGGAGCUGCUGAAGCUGCACUACAUGCAGGAGGCUCCCGGGCCCGGCCACCCCACGCUCAGGUUCGACUACGUCCCCAGCUUUUUGUACAAAAUCUGAGGUCAGUCCCAGCCACUGUGACCAAGACCUGUGACUCAGGGUACGGGGAGGGGAGGGGUUGGUAUGCACAGGCGGUCCUCUGAGCUGUCUAGACUGCUGGUGGCCUCAGUGGGACGGAAACCAAGGUGGCAGCGUGGGUUCCCAGGUGGCUUCAGGCGGUUUGGGAGUUGGGACCCAGGCAGGGGCGGGCGCCUGGUUCUGUGAAGGCAUCAGUAAGGACGGUAAUAGGUCUCUCAGCCCCCUGGUGAGGAGGGGCCGCUUGGCUCCCCGAGGACUGGUGGCCAGGCCAGAAGAGAGCCGGCGCCCUUUUGACGGGGUGGGACGCGGGGCGGAAGGGCGAAGGCCAGACAGGAGGAGCAGGCUGUGCGUUCAGUUUCCAGACGCUUGGGCAACAAAGUCCAGGGAAGCGCCCCGGUAACUGAAAUGGUUUGGUGGGAAACUGGACAACGGAACAUCCAUUGCCCCAUUCAGAUCCCGGCCAGGCUCUUUCACUCGGCCCCCCAGAGCCCAUCAUCCCGGAGGAAGCCCCCGAAUGAGUGAGACGGAGGGGAGGCAGCGGUGCGGCUGGGUGGUGGCAGAUACGUGACCUUCUGCGCCCCAGGGCUGCAGGGAGAGCGAGCAGCACCCUGUCCGGUCCUCGCUUCCCCGUUGGGCACAGAGCUGCCUGCAGGGGGGCCCUGCACCUGACGCCCCCAGGUCAGCAGCACUGACCGGCGUCAGUCGCUGCCUGUGAGUGAGAACCACGCUCACAGCCCGAGAGCCCGGGGCCACGUGCCAUCACCACCGUGCGCGUGACCGAGAGGCGGCAGGCCUUGGGCCCAGCCCGCCAGCCUUUCCGGCAGGGGCCCGUCCGUACCGCCCUCUUGGGGAGGUCUGCAGACGUGCUGGGAUUCGGCCGAGGUCGCACCCCAGUCCUCCACCCGCAGCAAACUUUGCAACCACUUCACUACCUCUCGCAGGGUCUUGCGGGCUCGGUGAUGGCGGGGUUCUGCCGCGCUGCUUGGUUGGGGUGGGCAGCCGGCUGGGGAGGACCCACGGCCGGGUCUCCUCCAGGAGGGAGGAGAGCCGCCUCGUGUGGCCGUCCUCAUGGAUCUGUCCCACAUGGGCCUGGGGUGCCCACACCUCACCGAGGCUCACGCCUGCCCCACGCAGGCCCCCCAAAUACACGCACCUCACCACUGUUCACUCCGGCCCAUGCGGGCCCCCCAGGUGUGCUUACCUCACCAUGCUCAGCCCCAGCCCCGUGGGGGCCCCCAAGUACAUGCUCCUCACCACGCUCACUCCCGGCCCCGUGGGAGUCCUCCCUUCAGGGAAGGUGACAAUCCCCGACUUGCCCAUGUGACACCCCCCCCCCCACCCGAGGCUCCUUACUCAGUUGCUGUUGGUUUGUUGAUAGAGGGUUUCUUGCAACCUUGAAGUCUUUAUACUUUUUCUUUUUGUAUGGCUGCUUUUGUCUCCAACUGGGGAGACCUCUUAGUAUUACUGCUUUCUAAUUCGUUCCAAGAAAAUUGUGAUAAAACAGACCCGAGCCAGCCACAAGCGGCUGCUCCUGAGCGAGCACGCGUGUGUGCCCCUGCUGGUGCUGCGUUCCGUGUUGUUAGGGUCUUGCUGUUGAGACUGGCCCCCGUCAGCUUUGUGGCACGCCAUCGAGGUAGGGGAGGCAGGAACCCAAGCGGGGUUUGCGUCACAUCCCUCCCGUGGUCCCUUCCUCGCCCAGGUCCUCUGCACGGGGAUGCGGCCCGUUGGCUCCUGGCCGCCGGCUUCUGGUCAGGGUCCGUGUUCCUGAUGGCGUGUGGGUUUGCUUCUGAGGCUGGGACUGAGAACCUUCUAUGGCAGACAUCUGUCUACACCUCACGGGGGUUCUUUGUACCCGUGCCUGUUACAUAUGUUCCCACACAGAAGAGUCGCCAGAACGUCUUGGCAGCUUUAACUGUGAAGCGUGUUUGCGUGCGGGGGAGGCUGCGGGGGACACCUGUCUCUCUCCGCGGGCUCCCCUCUUCGUUGCUGCCUCCAGUGUUCCCUCUUGUUCAAGAUGCUGCUUUGUUUUCUAACUGGGUGGCUAAUUGUUGUCUACUCAGGCCUCCAGGGACAUGACCUUACGACACUUUAUCUCCAAGGGAAACAAGGGUCUGUGGAGUCAAUUUGGCAAAGUUGAAAGCGAUUAUUAGCACCACCAUUGCUGUUCAUCCUGUUCCACAGCACCACGGACUCUAUGGUUAGCGUGGCCGUCACCUGGGAAACUGAUCUGAGCGAGGCAGAAGGUCAGUCAUUUUGGUCUUCUAGAAGCUAAGGCCAUGCAAUACCAUAGUCUGAAGUAGAAAUCCCUUCAGAGGGUGUUUGCUUGGACGCUUUGCCUCAAGGAUGGUUCCAGAGGCCCCGGGAUUCUAAGUCAAGAGGCCUGUGGGGGGUGAAUGGAACGGGUGUGCCCUGUCCUGGGGCCAGGCCCAGAAGGAGCAGAUGACCAGUGUCUCCCUUGACUCGUUCCUCCCUGAAAGAAAGUUAGCUUCACAGACAAGUAAAUUGGUUAAACUCCAGUUUUAAAUUUUGGUUAAAAUCUAGCUUCUCAGUGUGGCAGUUUCAAAGGAUUGCUUCACGUCAAGUAUGUUUCUUUCCAAAGGGAUUUUAAAGUGGCGGUGGGACUGAGCCAGUUUGGGCAGGCACUUGAGACUGUGGGCCUGCCCUUCACAGACCCCCUCCGCUUGGGAGAAGUGGAGCCCACUAGAAGUCCCGCAUCUAUAAACCUUAAGGCUGGGGAACUCUGUGCAACGGGACUCUCUCUUUAAAAAUAUUCAUUUCAGGUUUGCCUCAAAUAAAGCAUUUUAAAAACACUUUGCAGAAAAUAGGGACAUCAGUGCCCUUGACUUUGCCAGUCCUGACUCACUUUGAAGGCCCAGGCACCAAAACUGUCUGAGAUUUAGUUCAACUUUACUUCCAAUCCAUUACCGCUGCCCUGCCCCCAGCCACCCUUUUUCAAGCAGUCCGUGUUGAGAACAGCCUGAUCAGGCUAGCAGUUACACCAUAGUGAUUUCCAGAAGCUCCAUGGUACAGAGGAGCCAAAAGCCUUUGUAGCACGUGUGGCCCUUGGGACGCUCCAGCCUGAACUGUCACCUCCCACCUCACCAUUUCCCUAGGCAUCCUGCUCCUUUUGGUGGAUUACUGGGAUUUUAGAAAUUGUGACUCUUCUGUGACUGACUUGGAAUGGCUGAAGUCAUACAGAUUGCACCGGAAUUUGGAAACGAACCAUGAUAGCCCACCUGUCAUUUCCCAUCUAGCCUUCCAAUUCUCUGUUGCUAUAGUCAAGGUAUUGUAGGAUUCAACCCCAAAUGACACACCCCAGUUCAAAUCCUACGAAGUCCACCAGUUUUCUGCCCCAAGUGCCAGGGCUGCUACAGUUGCCAUGUUUCUGGAGGCUGGGAGCAGCACGCACGGUGACCACCUACUUCCACCAGUGCGGGACGCGUGUCCCCAGCGCCCCGGGCCUGGUGUUGCCAGGCAGGUCACCUUCUCCACCGCGGUACCACUCGGCUGGCGGGGAGCCCAUCGGGAAGUGUGGACAGCCUUCAGAGGAGCCGAUCUCCCAAGCCAGCAAUCCGGUUUUACAUCCCGUCUCCCUAGAAAGCUCAGAAGAAAGUGCCUUGGUUUGUGCUUUGGAAG